AAAACAUUUUUUAUAUAAAAUUUUCCAUUACAUACAAAUAUCUUAUUGUAUUUCAUUGACUUGAUUAAAAUAAAAUGACCCACCCUCACUAAAAACAAAUCCCUCUUCUUCAUAUUGUUCACAUGGCUAGGGAAUGAUGAUGGGUCACUCAAAUCCCUCUUCUUCGUAGUGUAAAACAACAAGAACAUAACAAUGCAAGAAGAACAAGAACAAAGCCGGCCUUUGUCCUUGCUAGAUGAUAUUGAUGCUCUCUAUUGUGAAGAAGAAGAAGAAGAUGAUGAUGCUUCAAGUGCUUGUAACAAUGGCGGAAACCCAUUUUUCCCCCUUGACCAAGACUUGUUUUGGGAUAAUGAAGAGCUUCUUUCAAUGUUCUCUAAAGAAAUUACACAGCACAAGGUGGUGCCGGCUCCUGAUACCAUCAAUGGUGCCGAUGAGUUUCUAGCAAUGGCUCGAUGUGUUGCUGUUGAAUGGGUGCUUAAAGUCAAUGCUCGCUACGGCUUCACCACUCUCACGGCUGUGCUGGCCAUUAACUAUCUCGAUCGGUUCUUGACUAGCUUUCGUUUUCAAAGUGAUAAUAAGCCAUGGAUGAUCCACCUUGCUGCUGUCACUUGUCUUUCUUUGGCUGCAAAAAUUGAAGAAACUCAAGUUCCCCUUUUGCUAGACCUUCAAGAUGAAGACACAAAAUAUGUUUUUGAGGCCAAAACAAUUCAAAGAAUGGAGAUUUUAAUCCUUACAACUCUCAAAUGGAAAAUGCAUCCCAUUACCCCACUUUCAUUUAUUGAUCACAUCAUAAGAAGGCUUGGCUUGAAGACACAUCUCCAUUGGGAGUUUCUCAAGAGAUGUGAGCAUCUCCUCCUUUGUGUAAUCUCUGAUUCAAGUUCUAUGCACUACCUUCCCUCAGUAUUGGCCACCGCAACAAUGAUGCAUGUGAUAGACCAAGUCGAGCCAUUCACUCCCAUUGACUACCAAAAUCAGCUCUUAGAUGUUCUUAAAAUAAAAAAGGAAAGAGUAAGUGAGUGCUACAACUUUGUCGUCGAUGUAUCAAAUAAACAAUCUCAAAAGAGGAAGAUCAGUCGAGCCCCAUCGCUCAACAGGGUCUUUCAAAACGUCGUCGUUGCGAGCAGCCAUUCUUAAUAGAUAUAUUAUGCUUAUGUCGGUUCAUGGAACAAAGUUUCUUUCUCUUUUUUUAAGUUGAAAAAAGUUUGAUUUGUAUUUCCAUCUCUACAAUUCCAAGAAUGACCCCAAAGUGGUGGUUCAUAGUGUUGAGAGAUGGGUGGCAAAUUGGGCAAAAGAACAAAAAGGAAAGGAAAAAAAAUGUGCAUUGAAGGAUGUAUUGUUGUAUGUUUGUUUCCCUAUGGAGAUAUUGAGAUUCCUUUUAACUUUCCAUCUACAAACAA